CUCAAACAAACAUGUCGAAUCUCAAGCGAAAACGUGGAGGACGGGUACCCGGUGGAAAAAAGGCAAAGAAAGUCAAACAUGUCGCAGGUGGAGGCGAUCCACCCGCUGACAACCAACAGGAGAAGAAGGAUGAAAUCACCAUUCCACCGCCUGUUUCUAUGGGCAAAUGGACCAACAAGGAAAGAGUUCUCAUCUUCUCUUCGAGAGGCAUUAACUUUCGAACCAGACACUUGAUGCAAGACCUGAGGAACUUGAUGCCACAUUCGAAAGCAGAUACCAAAAUGGACAGAAAGGACAAGCUAUUUGUUAUUAACGAGGUGUGCGAGAUCAAAAACUGCAACAAGUGCCUCUUUUUUGAAGCCAAGAAGAAACAGGACCUCUAUAUGUGGGUAUCAAAUAGCCCCCAUGGACCCUCUGCAAAAUUCCUGGUUCAAAAUAUUCAUACACUGGCUGAGCUCAAGAUGACGGGAAACUGCCUGAAAGGAUCCAGGCCACUCUUGUCCUUUGAUCCCACAUUUGACAAAGUGCCCCACUAUGCUUUGCUGAAGGAGCUCUUCAUUCAGACGUUUUCCACGCCGCGGUAUCACCCCAAGAGUCAGCCCUUUGUGGACCACGUCAUCACCUUCACCAUAGCAGAUGAAAGAAUUUGGUUCAGGAACUACCAGAUCAUCGAGGAGGAUGCGGCGCUGGUGGAAAUCGGACCUCGCUUCGUCCUCAAUCUUAUAAAGAUUUUUCAGGGGAGCUUCGGGGGGCCCACGCUCUAUGAAAACACACACUUCAAGUCACCCAAUAUGCACCGGCGUGAGCUCCGUCUGGCGGCGGCGGCCCGUGUGCGUGAGAGGCAGAUGGUGAAGGAGUCGCUGAAGGCAAAGAAGGCCCUAGUCAAGCCGGAGAUCAUCAGCGAUGUGACAGACAAUGUCUUCGACACACCGGUGCCGGCGAAACCCGUGAUCAUCGAGACUGAACCACCGGAGCCUAAAGAGAAAAAGAAGCCUCGCAAAGCGUUCAAAAGGAACAGGAUGCAGAUGAAGCGCAGGUAACUGGAGGGACUGAUCAAUGACCAGGAAGGAAUAUAUACAUUUAUUCACUUCAAUUAUGUUUUUGUUGUGUGAAUGCAACAUAUUAAAGUUACUACUUGUCAAGUUUUGUGAUGUAAACAUGGGACAAAACUUCAAUUUUUUUUUUUAUUGAUUAGAAAAACAUUUUUGAAUAAAAGGAGCAGGGAGAAGAAUAUUUUUGACCCCAUUUCACAGAAAAAUAAAACAUUUCUCAAUCAAACUGUCACAACAAAUGUUAAAGAAGGGAAUUCUGACGCAUGACGAACGUGGGGUACAAUUUCUACUUGGCAGGUGAGUCUCUUCACCUUAAGACUAAACGGCAAACUUUGAGGUGUACAUUUUGUAAACCUAUUGUGCUGAGAAGUCAGGACUGAGUCGCAUGUACCAAUGUCGUUGCAAAGCUCUAUGGUAGAGAUGAAAUUAUACACCUGUUCUGCUUCAUAUCUGGAUUUAAUGUGGUUUGCCGUUACAGCUUCUGAAUCCACAUUUCCAGAUGAUUUUGGCUAGACAUACGUACAGCAUGUUCAGUCUUAUUACAAAUUUAUAAAACAAUACACGUUUCCCUAAGUUAAUGCUGAUAAAGCUUUAUAUUAAUGACCAAUUGCUUAAUUUGUAUGAACAGUGUCAUCAAACUGAAAAAUCCUAGGAAAUAUCUGCCUGUUAUAAUAUAUCUAGGUAUACACAAGUAUGUCCAGGAAGAAAAACGCAGAAAAUAAAAGUGUUGAAUGAACAGUAGCUUGA